AUGGCAGUCGAUGCCGCCGUCAUCGAACAAUUCGGCCAGCCGCCGCCCGGCGUCGACCUCGCCGAGGUGCAGAUGCCGGGAACGGAGAUCGGGGUCAUCGCCUUGGUUGCCGUUGCGACGCUCUCCGUGUUGCUCCGGCUGGGCUCGAGGCUUGUCCAGGAUGCAGGGUUGCGAGCGGACGACUACUUGAUCAUCGUCGCUCUGAUACUGUGUAUCGGGACCUGUGUUGUGACGGUGCGAAUGACAGGUGCCGGUGCUGGAAGACAUAUCUGGGCUUUGAGAACAGAAGAGGUGGUAGAAACAUCGCUGUACCUGUUCGCGUUGGCGAUCGUCUACUCUCUGGCAGCUAUGGCCAUCAAAAUGUCGAUCAUACUGCUUUACGUACGCGUCUUCUCGACGGCGAACACUGCCUUCCGACGAUGCAUCUUUGCGGCCGAAUUCUUGACUAUGGCCUUGUCUGUGACCUUCAUAGUGGUCAUACUUGCAGCCUGUCAACCGUUGCAAUUCUUCUGGACGCAAUACGACGGGGUCUCAGAGGGUACCUGCAUCAGCACAAGCAGCUUUUUCGUCGCCUUUUCCAUCUUCAACGUCUCAGUCGAUGUGUUCCUGCUGGUAUUACCCAUCCCGAUGGUGCUAAAGCUGCACAUGUCGGUGCGGAAGAAGCUUAUCGUCUGUGCACUUACGAUGCUUGGAACCUUUGCUUGUGCUGCCGGCUUGAUCCGCAUCUACUACAUGAUGUUGUUCGCUUUUGCACACGACCACACGUGGGCCAUGGGCCCAGUCGGGCUCUGGGUAUCGGUGGAACCGGCCAUCGGCGUGGUCACGGCCUGCUUGGCGAAUGUCAUGCCACUGUACUACUGGUUGAUGGAAAAGGCCAAUCCGGGCGAACAUUCGGAGAGGACGAACAGGCCGCGGUCGAGCGAUUACAGGGGGCUUGACAGGACUCGCCUGCAGACUGUUAUCGAGGGCAAGCUGGUGCUGAGGCCGAGGGAGGACGACGAGAUCCGCCUGACCACGCUUGCUACAGCAGGAAGGCAGGGGUCUGAUCAUGAUGAGGACAGCCACCACGAAAGGGGGAUCGUGGUCACUUCAGAUGUCACUGUUACAGUUAGUGAAGGCCCUGCACGAUCAUCUCAAUAA